AUGACGUCUUGGUAUAACUGGGUUACAUUCGAUAUGAUCGGCGACCUUGCCGUUGGUGAACCGUUUGGCUGCGUGGAUAACGCACACGAUCCCCCUUGGGUAAAGCUCAUUUUCAAGCAUAUCAAGGGCAUGGCCAUCGCCACUGCUCUGAUCAGGUAUCCUUUUGCCGACAGCCUCGCCGCAUUAUUGACUCCAAAGAACGUGAUAAAUGACAUAAAGAACCACUGGGAGUUUACGGAAGCACAACAAAUCUCGCACAAAGAGACCCUCGCCAACGCCCACAAUCUGAUCGUGGGCGGAUCUGAGACAACCACAACUGCGCUAUCAGGCACCACUUAUCUGCUGGCUACCAACAGACGAAUCUUGCGAAAGUUACAGGACGAGCUAAGGGCGAACUUCAACAGCGAAGACGAGAUUGACUUUCUCAGCGUCCAGAAACCGGAUUACAUGAUGGCCGUCUUGCACGAGACUCUCCUCAUCUAUCCACCUGUGCCUUCUGCCAUACCUCGCAAGGCACCCCCUAAUGGGACUACGAUUCGUGGAGAGUAUAUUCCGCCCGACACUAUUCUCCAAAUCUGGCAGUGGCCCAUGUUCCACAACCCGAAACUCUUCAAAGAUCCCGAACGCCUGAUCCCAGAAAGAUGGCUUGGUGACCCCGAGUUUGCGAGCGACAGAUUGGAAGCGGCGCAGCCAUUCUCUGUCGGACCACGCAACUGCAUUGGAAAAAAGUUUGUGUCAUGA